AUGCCGACUUGCGCUGCCGAUAACACGGCCGCUGUCGACCAGUCUGACUUCUGGAGCUCGGACGGGAUUGACUGGGACGCCCACCGUAUUGGGUGGGCGAUCUCGGGCGGCUGCGCCGCGCUGACUGUCAUCAUCUCCACGAUAACCGUCAUAAAGCAUUGCAGAUCAUACACCGUCCCAAACGAGCAGCGACAGAUUUUGCGCAUCCUGUACAUGCCCCCCGUCUACGCGAUCAUCUCGUUCUGCUCGUACCGCUACUUCCGAAGUUACACCUACUAUUCCCUGGUCGAAGUCGCAUACGAGGCAGUCACCCUCAGCGCUUUCUUGCUCCUCAUCAUUGAAUACGUCGCGGCAACGGCAACAGGACACGACGCCCAGAAUGCCAUCGCGCGCAAGGACAAGAGCAAGCUACCCCUCCCGUUCUGCUGCUGGCGGUACCGGCCGACGAAGGCGUACUUUAUGUACACUGUCAAGUGGUCCGUCCUGCAGUAUGUCAUCAUCCGCCCGCUCGUCUCCAUAGCGGGCAUCGUGUGCGAGAAGUACAAGGUCCUCUGCGAGUCGGAGGGCUUCGACUUCCGCUACGCGAAUGUAUAUUUGGAGAUUGUGGAUUUUAUCAGUAUUAGCAUAGCCCUCUACGGCCUUCUCGUGUUCUAUGGCUUGACGAAGGACGAGCUGAAGGCUAGGCGGCCGCUCGCCAAGUUCUUGACGAUCAAGUUGAUCGUCAUGUUCACUUGGUAUCAGAGCUUUGUGCCUUGGAAGGAAGGGUUAUACAUGUACUGGACCGAGACGAAUAUUGCGAAUGGCUUGAACGCGCUGGCAAUUUGCAUUGAGAUGGUGUUCUUCUCGCUCGCGAUGUGGUGGGCGUACAACCCCUCCGAGUACAAGAAGCAGCGAUCAAGACCGACAAGCGACUUCGCGCGAGAAAUCGCCAGCUCGAUCAAGUUCUACGUCGACUACUACCGCGGCGUGCCCUCCGCGCACGGCCAUGGCCACCGUAACGCAGACCUCGGGAAGGGCGAAGCUGCGCCCAAGGCAACCUUUGAGAGCGCGUUCGGCCUCGGGAACAGCCGCCCAGCCGCCGAUGUGCGGGGCUUCGAGACCGCGUACGGGCCGGACGGCAGGCAGAACGUCCGGCGAUACGACGAUGACCCGCGCGACGAGCCGAGGCGGGGGAAGCCCGAGCGCGGGAAGCCGCAGCCCAAGAGACCCGCCCCGGUGAAGAGCGUGCUCAAUGAGCGGGUGCCGACGAGGGACGACCAUGGCCUGUAUGGGUUCUUCAGGCGGAGCGUGGAGGAGGAUGCGCAGGGCGAUGACCGGUUCUUGAUGUUCGACCCGGUGGACAACCCGCCACAGUUGGCGAAGUACAUUGGAGGUCGGAGCUGGUCCGCGGCGGAGCUGCGCUUGAAGAGCUUCUCGGACUUGCAUACGUUGUGGUAUGUGUGCCUCAGGGAGCGCAAUGUCCUCGAGACGCAACGUAACCUCGCACGGCGCAUGGAGAUCCCGGGCGCCAAUGCCCUCACAGAGAAGCAGGCUCAAAAGACCGUCCAAACAAUGGCUCGCAUCAAGGCCGUCAUGAACGAGCGGCGACUCGCGUACGAGGGUGCGCUCGAGAUGGUCGAGAAGGCGCGCGCCAAGGCCGCCGAGGCGCAGGAGAAGAAGCAGGACGAGGAGCUGCUCGCACACCGGCUCGCGGAGUACGAGGCCGAGCGCGCGCGCGUGCAGGAGCACAACAGCGCCGUCGCGCGGAAGCGCCUCGAGCUUGCGACUGCGGAGGCGAAGCAAAGGCAGGCUGCGCGAGAGGCCGCCGAGCAGGAGCGCCGCGAGAUGCGCGCCGCGGCGGAGGCGUCGGGCGUGCAGUAUGUGGAGGAGGAUGUCGUGGCGCAGGCGAGUGGGGAACAACAGGCAUCAGCCCAAGAGGCCGAGGCGAAGCCUGAGGAAGCCCAGGACGUUGCGAUGCGCGCAUUAUUUGGCGACAAGGCGCCUGGGGACCGGCCGCCAUCAGGUCCUUAG